AUGAUAGUUUUGCUGUACAGAUUCGGUGAGGAGUUCUACAACACGCUGACGACACGUCCAUUUGUGCAUUCAAUUUGUUACUCGAUCUCGCCUGUUCAGCCAGCCGCUUUCUGGGCCUGUGCUUUUGCGGCAUCCAAAAUUGCCGAACUUGGUGAUACCAUUUUUCUGGUGAUGCGAAAAAAACCACUGGCUUUCCUGCAUUGGUAUCACCAUGCUGUUGUCCUGAUCUAUAGCUGGAAUGCAGGUUAG